UGCUUUACAGAGAUGCUUGAAGACGGAGGAGAAGAAGAAAUCAAGGUCUAUGAAGAUGUUUCACUCUCAUGAAGCAUGCCAGGAAUUCUGCUGAUUUUUCUUUUUUUUCUUCUUUUUUAUAUGUUGGUGAUAAUGAAGACGAUGAGCAUUCAAGUUUUAGCCCAAUACUGGAAAAAAGGAUGAUUUUAGACAUUUGUUGAUGCACUUUGCCAGAAAGCCAAAAAAACAGUGUCAGCAAUAUUACACUUAGAAAACAGGAAUGCCCUUUCUCCUUUCAGUGCUCCAUAUGUGUUUCAGGAAGGAACUACUCAUAAAAUGUUUACAUUAUUUCUGUAAUAAGAUUAAUAGAAAAUAAUAUCUAAUAAUAUAAACCUAAUAAUGAAGGAUAUGUGUAACAAUAAUUUUACAGUGCUUUUUAUAAGGGCUAUAAGGGUGUUUAUGAAGGUGUAAAUGGUUCCUUUAUGUGUGUGUGUGUGUGUGAAGAAAACAGAGAGAGAAAAAAAUGGUUUGUUAGCAGUGCUUAAUCAGAUGCACAAAACUUGUCAGCAAAAUGCAUAAAAUACUUCAAUGAAGGAUUCAAAUUGACAUAUUGCACAAAGCCUUUAGCAAAGCCAUCACUGCUGAAAUAUCCAGGCAGAUGAAAUGAGGACAAGGAAGUGAUGUUAAUUUCUUUUUAAGACUUCUCUGCUUUUGGAUGGCCUCUGAAUAGUUGUACAUGAAGGCAAAAUAUGAGAAAUAAAUCUGACAUCUGCUACAGCUGAUUGGUGUGUGUCUGUGUGCUUCACGAAUCCCCAUUUGUUGAUGGAUUAACCCACGCAGUGCAAAGUUUGCUUCUUCGUCCCCAUUAAAAACAACUUUAACACAGAAAAGCCCAUCAACAACAAUAACACCAAAUAAGGAAAUAAAUAAGAAAAUCUGAAGAUGGAGUAAAGCAAAAAACACCCCACCUAAAAACAUGUCAGUAAAUUUGGCAGCUGUGUUGAGAGUGACAACCUUGUGUGUUCUCAUCGCAAUGUCUAAAAAAAGCACUCACAAGGAAUUACAGCUAAUUAAAUAAAGCAGGUAGUAGAUGUUAAGCCCAGGUGUGAAUCACAGGUAGUUAAAAGGAGGAGUAUGCCAGUGUCGCGGCAUUCUUCUGUCACUGUUUAAGGUGUGUAUCUGUGUGUGUGCACAGUGCAUGUCAAAGGUUAUAAUUGAUAUACCUUUUACAAUGACACCAUAUUUAUUGUCGGCUGUCUCAUAGCUGCUAAAGUGCAACAGUUAAACGUGUAAGUGUGAAGUUGUGCGUGCACAAAUGAAUAAGACCGACUUGUAAUACCAUAUCUUCAACACAAGGGGCAAUAAUGUACCGCCAGUAGACUGUCAUACAGCAACAAACUGCAAUGAACAGGAGGAAGAUAUACUUAGAAAAAACAAACUGUAGUUUUGUAGGGGGCAAAGAAUUUACUUCAGACGUCUUUACCGCGCAGUCAGAACCCACAGGGUGGGUUCGUGGAUACACAAUGCUUGUCUCCUUCCACUGGUGUAACUCAAUAAGAGGGAAAGUCUUUUGGCUCCUUCAGCACGGACGAAGCCAACGACACUGAUCCUGUUUCUCUCUCUCUCUCUCUCUCUCUCUCUCUCUCUCUCUGUGUCGUUGACUGUGGAGCAGUGAGGUGUGGCUUUACUCUGUGCGCCCCCGACGCUGCGCUCCCAAGAGAAUAAACCGAAAACAGCCAGGGCUGUUGUGCUGCAGUGUCGUCAGCGUCUCCGCUAUAAACUCAAAAAUUAAGCAAAAUAAAGUUUGUGGAACUUUUUAAGAUAUCUGCAAGAGCACCACAACCCAGGCGUGUGAUACGAAGUGUCCUCAUUUGACUAAAUAUAACCUAGAAACUUUCUCACAAGUGUCCCGCUAUGAAGAGGGCACUGCGCUAACGGACCACACUGAAGUUCUCUCUGCAAACAGGUGAAGUUCUGACAUUUUCUGAAGGUAUUUGAGGCCGAGGCAUGCCGGUUCCCCCACCUCCCCCUCCGCCUCCACCAGCAGCCCCGCCACCCCCACCACCACCCAGUGCUGCCCUGCCACAGUGUCCAUUAGAUCCUCCCAAGGUCCAGUUUAGCGGAGGAGGAGGAGGUGGUGGAAGGAAUGCCCUGCUGGCAGACAUCCAGAAAGGAACCAAGCUCAAGAAAGUCACGCAGGUCAACGACCGCAGCGCCCCCGUCGUCAAUAAUUCCAAGGCUAGCACAGGAGAUUUAUCUGGAAAUGCUGGUGCUUCUCAGGCCUCAUCGGGUGGCAUGGCACCCGUGGGGCCAUCAUUGAGUGGGCUAUUUGCUGGAGGGUUCCCCACUCUCAGGCCUACAGGACAAAGAGACCUAGCAGGCAAAACCAGAGUGUCUCGAUCGAGCUCAUCAGUCUCUCUGAAGCCUCUGUGGAACCCUCCUUCAUCGGCCGACUCCAGCAGCUUCGCUGAACCCGACAGGAAAGCGGAGAUCCAAACCUCCGUCCACCGCCUACUCGCCCCCUCGGCCUCUGCUCCUCCCUCCCCCUCUCACAGCAGCAUGCACCCGCCGCCUUUCCCUCCUUCCACUCCCCUUCCACCUGCCCCUCCCUCUGCUCCUCCCCCACCUCCCCCGCCUCAGGCUUUCCAGGACCGGCCAGGUAACAAGCCUCCCCCUCUCCCCUCCUGCCCUCCACCUCCGCCUCCAUCCCAGACUACCAAGCCCAUGUGGCUCCCCAUCCAGCACUCGCAACACUCAUCUGUCUCCCAGCCCUCUCCUCCUCCUGCUCCUCCUCCUCCACCACCACAACCAACUGUCCAGCCUCUGUCAACUAUCCCAGGGGACCAUUCUUCAGGGUACUUCUACUCUCCGCCUUCAUCUGCAGUCUACUCUGAAACUUCAAGGUUCCCUGUUCUUCGGGACAGCCCCCUGGGACCGCCUCCCCCACCUCCGCCUCCCCCUCUGCUACCUUCCAUUACUCCAAGCUGCCCGUCUACCCUACCUCCACCACCACCCAAAGUGGCUCCAGUGCCUUCCCCAGCAAUGCGCUCUCUGCCUCCCUCAUACCCUUGCAACGCUCCCACGCGACGGCCACCAGCUAUACCCAGGAGUGCAGGAGUGGGUCGACUGGCUCCUCCUCCUGCUCCCCCCGCCCGUUCCCCCACCACAGAGUUGUCCACCCGCAUUCCUCCUCCUCCACCUCCUCCCAUGCCCCCAUCCAGUCUCAGGAAUGGACAUCUUCAGAGCUUAGCGGAUGACUUUGAAUCAAAGUUCCAGUUCCACCCUGUAGAAGACUUACCCCCACCCGAUGAAUUCAAGCCUUUCCCACGGAUCUACCCCAGCAAAGAAAACAGUGUGAACCCCAAACCACCAGGGAUCAGGACACACCUCCGAUGAGUCAUGAUCUCAGCACCGUGACACGCAACAAAAAAGGACAAAUCUCAGUAUUCCUUCUCCUUCUUACGAGUCCUCACAGUUAAACUGACAUUACUGCCAUGGACUUGCAUGGAUAGAGGCUUUGUGUGUGUGUGUUGUUGUGUUUGGUGCAUUUGUGUGUGUGCGCGUGUGGUUGUGCAUUUUCAAAGCAUCAAAACAAAGACCCGUCUUAUUCUUACUAUGUGACCUCUGACCUUUUCAAGUACAGAAUGUUUUGUGUGCGUGAGAGGAGAAGCACUCGAACUGCUUGUGCUCAUAAGCUCCAUUCACUCUACACACAGGCUAGAAGAACAGGGUCUUCCAUUAAUUAUCGCUAACAUGACUCUUGACAUAGUUUGUAAUAUGUUAACCAUCAUCUCUGUGCACUUGUAGUUGUAAAAUUUGCUUUCAAGCAGGCAGUUUUUGUGACUACGUUGCUAAAGACAAGCAAACAUACCUCAGUCUCAGCUCUUGCCUUGGUGGCGGCAAUUGGGUAACUAGGUGUACCAUUUUCUUGCCCCUCAUGUAUUAACCAACACUAACACAUGGGAGGACAGUGCCACCUGUUGGUUUGAUCUGCCACCAACAAAUAAACCAAAGCAACUAAAAAGUUUACACAGAUACUUUACUUUAAAAAAAACAACAACAACUAAUAAAUGUAUCUGCCUUAAACAGUGGUCCUUUUUUGAGUUGAGGCUCUUGAUCCAUUCAAACAAUCCCAAAGCUGCACAAACAGGGCUGUAAACAUGUGUGUGUUAUCUCAAAAACCCCAUUAAAACAACAGGUAAAGUUCUCCUGUGGUUUUGAGUUAUUCUUCAUUGUGUCACAACAUUAAUUCAGUCUUCCCAAGUUUGCCCAAAAUUUAUUUACAUUUAUAAAAAAAAAAGAGCAAAAAACAUUAACCUGAUAUUUCACGACAGUUUUCACACAGAUAUUUUGACUUGUGAAAAUAUCUAACAGUGGUCCCAAAAAGGAUUUUUCAUAAACAAAUCACAAAAUUAAAAAACAAUCUGCAACUAAACUUAACCACACACAGCGUCACGCAACACAGACUUAAAGCUUCUGUAAAACUGAAACAGACAAAAAUAACCUCAAAGAGUCUCUGACAAGGAUUUCCACCACGAAACACAAACCAGCGCUUCAUGGGACUUCACAGUUCAUCGUGUUUGUAAGUGAACUCUCUAGAGGAUAUAAAACCGUCCUUGUUCUCAUCCUCUUUGGCAAAGAUAUCCUCCGCCAUGUUCUCGUGUAGAGUGUCGUUGGGAGGGUAGCCGUGACGCUCAAACUCCUUCCUUAGAUACUCUUUCACCUGGCAGACAUGAAAAGAACAGGAUGACUGGGACUUAAGUACAAACAUAAUAAAAUGAAUUAGAAAUGACACUUUUUCCUCUUUGUACAGAAAGUAAAGUCUAGAGUGACAUGGGAUAUGUAACCGAUCCAUGUAACUUCAUAUAUGUUUUCAAUGGUUAUCUUCACCUCAUGCUUGGAGAGCUUCCAGUCAUCGUUGAGGUCCAUUUCCUGAAAGGACUCAUGUGACCUAGGUCCAUUUCUGAUCUGUAGCACCUCGAUGAUAAAGGUAAGCGUGCUUUCAGGUGGAAUCUUACCUGAACACAGAGAACAGGAGGGUAAUGGGCAGAGAUGUCAGUUCAAACUGAAAUUGAAUAUUGCCAAAACUUCCAGUAAGCAUCCAGGAAGUUUUCUUCCGUUGAAGAACACAGAUGGUAAAAAGGAAUAAAAAGCAAAUCUAUUGCUGUGAAUCUGUUGGCAUUAGAAAGGUUAGUUAGAAACAGAAGAGACAGAUGUUAUGGGUUAGAGUGGUUUGUGCUUACCGGACAAAAAAAAGCACAGUAUUGUUCACAUGCUCCACGUAGAGAAUAAGUGGACUAAUGUCAC